UCUUUCCCUAACCCUUUCCUCUCUUUUCCUUUCCUGCCAAAAAAAAAAAAAAAAACCAAUCCAAAAACCAACAAAGUUCACAAAAAAAACCCAAAGAAAAAUUAAGAAAAGGAUCAUAUUUCAAGAAAUCAUGAGGAACCCAAGUUCAUCAACAACAAGCAAAACACCAUGUUGCAGCAAAGUUGGGAUAAAGAGAGGGCCAUGGACGCCGGAAGAAGAUGAAGUCUUAGCCAACUACAUCAAAAGAGAAGGCGAAGGAAGGUGGCGAACAUUGCCUAAACAAGCUGGCUUGCUUAGAUGUGGCAAGAGUUGUCGUCUCCGGUGGAUGAAUUAUCUCCGACCUUCUGUUAAACGAGGUCGUAUUGCUCCUGAUGAAGAAGAUCUCAUUCUUCGGCUUCAUCGCUUGCUCGGAAACAGGUGGUCUUUGAUAGCUGGGAGGAUCCCAGGACGUACUGAUAAUGAAAUAAAGAACUACUGGAAUACCCAUCUGAGUAAGAAGCUAAUCAGCCAAGGAAUAGAUCCAAGAACCCAUAAACCAUUGAACCUUAUUAGCCAUGGUUCAUCACAGGUUAACCAUGAUCCUGUCCCAAAAUCAAACCCUAAUCCCCCAAACUCUAGUUCUUCUGAAUUAGGAGAAAAAACUAUUACCGUGACAGCUACUAAAAAUGCUACCCAAGAUUUGACACCGACUAACCUGGAAUAUCAUCAGCAGUAUCAAAACCAACAGGCUGGUGGUAAUUGUCUGGCGAAUUGGCGUAAUUCUGAGGGUGCUACUCUCAUCAUGGGGCAACCAAGCAGCGGUGGAAAUGAAGGAGGUUAUAUUGAAAAUUGCAAUGAAGAUAUGUUCUCUUCAUUUCUGGAUUCUUUGAUUAAUGACAACUUUCUUGUCAAUCAGCACCAACAGCAGCAGCAACCUAAUAAUGUGCUAGCAGCAGCUGCAGCAUCUGCUGAUCAGAACUUCAGUCAUGGCAACAUUUGGGAAGCUGAAAUCAUAUCUUCAAUGGUUGCCUUUGGGAACGAGCAAAACUCUUCCAAUAAUCAUCACCGUCAUGAUCAACGUUAGCAAAGCUGCAAAUUUACCUAUCAUAUUGAAAUUAGAUGCAUAUUUAAAUUAGAUGCAUUUUGAUUUUACCUACUAUUUUAAAAGGUAAAAAAAAAAUAGAUAUGAUAGGUUUGGUUAUAGUUUUAAUUAUGCUUGUGCUUUUCUGUUUAUUCCUUUCGUUUCUUUGGUUGUUUUAAUGUUAUGCAUAGAACUCUUUGUUGUACGAAAACAUUUACUUUUACUUGUAUGGUUAUGUUGUGCCUAAGACCGUAAUGUCUUAAAAUUGUAUUGAAAAAGAUUUGAUGAAGUUAUUUAGACGAAAUUUGUGAAGUUUU